GCUAGUCGUCACCACAUGAGAGUUGUUGGUUGGUGUGGUUGUCCGUCUCAUUCAUUAGCAGUUCGUUCGUUGGUUUGUUCGCAUCGUAUUGCGGUGCUCGUGACGACGUGAUCGGUGGCUUCUUUGUACGCGUGAAGCAAUUUAAGUGGUGACCAAAGCGUUCGCGAGGAAUUGAUAUUGGGUGUGGUGUUUCGGGUUUGAACCUGAAUGUUCGGAUAAACACAACUUGAAUCGAUUAAAGUGAGGGCAAUACUGUUUUAAAUCCACCUAAUAGAUAGAAUUCUUAUGUUCAAGUGAAUAAAACGGUGAAAUGAAAAUGAACGCAAUAAAGUUUAAUGUGUUUGCGUUGGCAAGUGUACUUCUGCCACUUUUUUGCGUCGCUCAGCGAACCCCUUCGAUAUCGUACAUCACGCAGGAGCAAAUUAAAGAUAUCGGGGGUACAGUUGAGCUCGAAUGUUCCGUCCAGUAUGCCAAAGAAUAUUCCGUCCACUGGAUUAAAACUGGCCGCGAUCGAUCCGAUGUAGUGUUUCUCUCGACGGGUAGCGCUUUGGUUUUGAAAGACUCGCGCUUUGCACUCCGCUACGAUCCGUCUUCGUCCAGCUACAUUCUGCAGAUCAAAGACAUUCAAGAAACCGACGCCGGAACCUAUCAGUGCCAAGUGGUCCUUUCCGUGACCAACAAGAUCACAGCUGACGUUGAGCUACAAGUCCGGCGUCCUCCAAUCAUCUCCGAUAACUCCACCCAGUCGCUGGUCGUGUCCGAAGAACAGGCGGUUCAGAUGGAAUGCUACGCUUCUGGUUAUCCGACACCGCAAAUUACCUGGCGUCGGGAGAACAAUGCUAUCUUACCCACAGGUGGUGCAAUCUAUACCGGAAACGUGAUGAAAAUAAACUCCGUCCAGAAGGAAGAUCGCGGCACGUACUACUGCGUGGCGGACAACGGUGUCAGCAAGGGCGACCGGCGUAACAUCAAUUUGGAGGUGGAGUUUGCCCCAGUUAUCACGGUACCACGGCCCCGUCUCGGUCAGGCCCUGCAGUACGACAUGGAUCUCGAGUGCCACGUGGAAGCUUAUCCCUCGCCAGCUGUCGUCUGGGUGAAGGAUGAUGUCCAGUUGUCCAACAAUCAGCACUACAGAAUCUCACUGUUUGCCACGGCGGACGAAUUCACCGACACAACACUGCGUGUGAUCACUGUUGAGAAGCGUCAGUACGGGGAAUACUACUGUCGGGCGAUCAACAAACUCGGCCAAGCCGAAGCCAAAGUGGAGCUGUUCGAAACCGUCAUUCCGGUGUGUCCCCCUGCUUGUGGCCAAUCGUAUUAUGGAGGGGAUGCAAGCGCAGUUACCGCUUCAACCUUCCUGUUGCUAGUCACGGCGCUUGUAGCAAUAUAUUAGGGUUGUUCCCCCUUGCUGAUUAUUCGUUACAAUCUAGCGAUCAGAAACUCCGAAGCCACGCCCUUUAUCCCUCCUCCCGUAGCAAACAUUCCAGCCGCUCAGAGACGUAUUGGCUUUUCUUAAAAUCUUUUCAACGAGGGAAAAGGGUCAUGUAACAUAGAUAGUGCGUAGUAUAAUGCUACAAAAAGUAUGAGGAGGAAGAGGUGAAUUUAGUUUACUCUAUUAGAAUAGGUUAGGACGCGAGCUAAGUGGUAAGGAUCGCGAGUUAAGAUGCUAAGUAUUAUUGAAUCUCUACAGGACCUAGUGCCGUCCAAAGUUUUCCAACCAUUCCAGCGUUAUGAGGAUCGAAAUAAUUUACAUAUCCAUGCGAAUUGUGAAAUGAAAAAAACAUAUUUUUUCGUACUAACACUUUUUGGUUAGCAAUUCGAAGAAAGGUAUGAAAACAAAAACGAUAAAUCAAUAAAGAUGAUUUUUAAACGAA